AUGCUCCUAAUCAAAGCCGUAAUCCUCUCUCUCACCAUCUCAUCUACUAAUGCGCAUAUGCUACUCAAGAACUCACCCAACUUCGGUUUCACAGAGAACACGCUCUCCACAAAACCCGACGUUGACUUGGAUGCUCCGGUAUCCAAGGCACAGUUUUCCUGCAAAGGCUACCACAAAGACCACUUGCGAGGGGCCGGGGGAGGCGUCGCGACGUGGGCCGCCGGGAGCACCCAAGCCUUCAGGUAGGAUAUCCACACAAUCCCCUAAGCAUCGGACAUGAACUGAUAUAUUGAGAUAGUGUCUCCGGCGGCGGCGCACCCCACGGCGACAGUAGCUACCAGAUCUCCCUUUCAUACGACAAUGGCGAGACCUUCAAGGUUAUGAAGUCAUUCACAGGGAACUGCCUAUCCACGGACACCAACCGCGAGUGCUCCUUUCCUGUCCCGCGCGAUGCUGCCGGUGGCCCGGCGGUCUUUGCCUGGACUUGGUAUAAUAAGCAGAGCAAUCGAGAGAUGUAUAUAUAUGGGAUGUGCCUGAUGAUGGUGGAUGGAGAGCACGAAUGAAUGAAGCAACACAAGUGCGAUUAAAUGCAAGAAAAUGAGGAAGGAUGAUGAAAGAAUGGAUGAUCGAUGUUGAAUGAUGGUGAAAGCUGAUGAUGAGAACUGAUGGUGAAAACUACGCCUCUAGCUAAGGACAGAAUGGGAGAUAUAUAUCUCCAAAGCAACAAGAACUCUGGAACUCUAAAGAAACACUAUGAACACAAAAGAAUUACUCAUCCUGACGAACCAUGAUCCUCUGUGCUCCACAACAAUCUAGAACUCUCAUGAACCUGUAAAAAAGAACCAGAUGCCUAGAUACAAGGUGUGAAAGAAACCAAACCCCAUCUCCAAUGGCCUCUGGCAACGGGAAACAUCAACAAAAAACCCAACACCUAUCCUCCCUAGAAGCAUGAACCAUCUAUCCGUAUAACAACCAACUCACAUGCCCGAUAGGCACUCCAACAGUGCCGCUGUUACAAUCACCAAUAGCGGGAGCGGGAUAGGGAAUCUGUUUCCGAGGAUAUUUGUCGCGGGUAUCGGGGAGCGUGCACUACUGUUGAUAGUGUAGUGCCGGAGUUCCCUAAUCCCGGAGCGGUGGUGGAGAGGAGCGGUGAGGUGGCGUUGAGGCUAGUGGGUGCGGGGUGCGUU